AUGUAAUAAGGAAGGUAAAAUAAAGAAGAUGUAUAACCUAAUAAAAAGUAAGAAUUCUUAUAUUUUAGAUCUGAGAUAAAUCAAAAUAUAAAUGAUUAAUAGAUGAAUUAAGGAAAUUUUGAAUAAAAUGUAAAAGCUUGGAAUAACUUGCGUCAAAGAUUAAUCUAUACUAAAAUCCAAAUAAAAUACACUCAAGACUAAGAAAUCUAAUAUAUAAGAGAUGGAUCAAUAAUAAGAAGGUAAGAGUUUAUUGAUAUAAAUUUUAAUUUAGUGAGAAAAUUUAUGAUCCAUCAUAGAAGAUAGAAAUUUUUACUAACUUAGAAUAAUUACAAAAUUUAUAAUGGACUGGAUAAUACGGAAAAGAAAAAUAGAAGGUUGGAGUAUGGAAUGCUUACUGGAAGGGUAAUCAAAUAAAAGACAUAGGUGGAGAGUAUUCAGAAAAAGGAAAAAAAAUGGUUAAUGGAAAGAAUUAAAUAUUAAUUUUUGGUCAAAAGGUAUUAUUCCUUAAAUUAUACAAAAGCACAAGUUUAUGAAAUUGGAAAAUAUGAAGAUGGAUUAAGGAAAGGUAGAUGGAAAUUAAUGUAUAAUUGUAAAGUGAUGUAUGGCUUUUAAUAAUUAAUUUUUUAUAGAGGCGGUGGUGAAUAUAAUUAAUUUGGUGAAAGACAUGGCCAAUGGAUUGAAUUAUGGGAAGAAUUUUGGGAUAGGUUUUAAGUAAUGUUUUAAGGUGCAUAUAAAAAUGGAAAAAAAGUUAGUAAAUGGGAAAUUGAAUACUAAGGAUCGUUGAUGUAAAAAUAUAAUUUGUAAUAAUAUAAGUGGUGGUGGAUCAUAUGAUGAAGAAGGCUAAGAAAUUAAGAUUGGCAAAUGGACUGAGUUGGAUGAAGAAUUUUCUUAUGAAAAAAAGGUAGUUCAUAUUGGUUUUUAUAAAAAUGAGAAAAAAGUUGGUAGAUGGGAAAUUAUGUAUGAAAGAUCUUAAAUGUAAUAAAUAUGAUAAAACGUUGUUAUAGUGGUGGGGGAUUAUAUGAUGAAGGAGGUAGUGGAGCUAAAAAUGGCAAAUGGAUUGAGUUGGAUGAAAAAUUUAAUUGGAACAAUCAAUUAAGUUACUAGGGUGAAUAUAAAUAUGAUAAAAAAGUGGGAAGAUGGGAGAUAUAGUUUUAAGGAUGUUAGAUGUAUCUUUUUUUGAUACAUUGAUUAUAAUAGUGCUGGGGGAUUGUAUGACGAAAAAGGUUGUGAAGUUAAGAUUGGCUAAUGGCUUGAUUUGGAUCAAGGAUUUGACAAUUAAAAAUAGGUAAUUCAUAAAGGUUUAUAUGAAAAUGGAAAAAAAGUAGGUAGAUGGGAUACUAAGUAUAGGGAGUAUAAUGAUAAUGAGUUCAAAAUAAUGUAAUUAUAUAUUAAAGUUGUGAUAGUUCUUGGGGAUGUUAUGAUAAAGAAGGCUAUGGAAUUAAGAUUGGCUAAUGGGUUGAUUUGGAUGAAAAAUUUUGUUAUGAAAAAUAGGUAAUUCAUAAUGGGUUAUAUAAAAAUGGUAAAAAAGUUGGUAGAUGGGAAAUUCAGUAUAGGUAGUAUAAUUAAUAAGACUUCAAAACUAUUUAAUUAAAAAGUAGCAAUAAUGAUUGGGAUUCAGAUGUUAAAUUAGCUAAGACAAUGAAAAUUGGCUGGUUGAAAGAAAUGGAAGAAAUAUUUUUAUAUUCUAAUUAAAAAAUUCCUAAUAAUUAAUAUAAUGAUAGUUAAAAUAUGGGUAAUACGCUAGAAAAGCGUAACUUAAGUAAUGUUAAAGAAUAUAAAAUAAUGUAAACUAUAUUAUAUAAAGUGAAAGCAGCGGUGGUGGUUCAUAUGAUGAAAAAGGUAAUGAAGUUAAGAUUGGCAAGUGGAUUGAUUUCGAUGUGGAGUUUAAUUUUUUUAAAUAGUUAAUUUACAUUGGUGAAUAUGAUAAUGGAAAAAAAAUUGGUUUAUGGAAAACAAUGGACAAAUAAUCAAUAAUGUAUAAAAGUUAUAAUUAAAUUCUUAGUGUUAGUUAAAACUAUGAUGCAAAUGGUUAAUUGAUUUAUGAAAGUAAAGGGUAUUUAUAUUUAUUUUGGCAUUUAUAGUGAUUGUAUAAGUGUUGGUGAAUUUAAAAAUGGAAAAAAAAUCGGUAGAUGGGAUUUUGAGUUUAAAAGAUUUAAAAUGUAAAAAUAUUAUUUAAUGUGUUAACAGUGGGGGUGGUUCAUAUGAUGAAGAAGGUAACGGAUUUAAGAUUGGCAAGUGGAUUGAAUUGGAUGUAGACUUUUAAUAUUCUAAAUAAUUAAUUUAUAAUGGUGUGUAUAAUGAUGGUAAGAAAUUUGGUAGAUGGGAUACUCAGUAUAGAUAGUAUAAUUCAUGUGACUUCAAAAUAAUGUAAAUAAUAUUAUAUGAAGUUUUAAAAGUGGUGGUGGUUCAUAUGGUGAAGGAGCUGGUGAUAUUAAAAUUGGUAUGUGGAUUGAAUUAGAUGAUGGAUUAGAAAAUUAUAAAAAAAUAGUUUAUUAUGGUGAAUAUCUUAAUGGUAAAAAAAAUGGAAUUUGGUAGAUUAAAUAUGAAGGAACAUAAAUGUAAUCUAUUUUAUAUAAAGUGGCAACAGUGGUGGCGGAUCAUAUUAUGAGGGAAUUAAGAUUAGGAAAUGGAUUGAUUUGGAUGAUAAUUAUGGUGUUGGAUUUAGAUAAUAAUAUUUAAUUCAUUAAGGCGAAUAUAAAAAUGGGAAAAAAAUUGGCUUAUGGGUAGAAAUGAAAAGAAAUAAAAAAAAUGAAUGUGACAAAAUAAUGAAACAAAAAGUAUAUUGA